CGCGGCUCGGGCAGGCCAGGCUUCUUAUAGCCGCCCCCGGAAAAACCCCCUUGGUCCUAGGUCGGGUGAUCUGUUGGUUGGGGUUGUGAUGGAGUCGGAGUGGGAUGCUCUGAGAGUGCUGGGAGCGGUUACAGCCCUGUUCCUGCUGCUGUGGGCGACCUGGGCUGUGGGCUCCACAGUCUAUGUUUACUUGCUGCCCCAGGUACGCCGGAGCAACCAUUGGCUCCGGGCGCACGGGGCCUGGGCAGUGGUGACAGGAGCCACCAGCGGCAUCGGCAAGGCUUACGCACGUGAGCUCGCCCGGAGAGGUCUGAACGUCGUCCUCAUCAGUCGAGACCUGAGCAAGUUGAAGCACGAGGCAAAGGAGAUAGAGCGGCUUUACGGCAAAAGCACACGAGUGAUUCAGGUGGAUUUUACCGGGGGCUUGGAGAUCUACGAGACCAUUGAGGCAGGACUGAAGGACCUGGAGAUCGGAGUAUUGGUAAACAACGUGGGCCAAAAAUAUGCACCCCACUUGAGUAAACUGCUCGACUGUGAGGACGUCGCCAAAAAACUCCAGGAUAUUAUUAACUGCAACAUGAUGUCUGUGGCCCAGAUGACUAGAAUCCUCCUGCCCCAAAUGGUUAGCAGGGGCAAAGGCAUCAUCAUCAACAUAUCUUCAAUAGCUGACAGGAAGCCGUACCCAUAUUUAGCAGUGUAUGCGGCUACCAAGGCCUUUGUGCGAAGCUUCUCCGUGGCCGUGGGCACAGAGUACCGCUCCAAAGGUGUCAUCGUGCAGACAGUGAGCCCCUUUUUGGUUGAAACAAAUAUGACCUACCCCUUGAAAAAGGGACUGCUCAUGGUGAGCGCCGAAGACUUCGCUCGGCAAGCAUUGGACACGCUUGGCCUCACUUCCGAAACCACCGGGUGCCUCAGCCACGCCGUGCAGGAUUUCCUGCUGACCAUGCUCCUGCCCAGUUCGCUUUUUGCCAGUCCUAGGGGAUUUUCUCUGUUGGAGAGAUGUAAUGUAGCAGGGUUCCUUUCUGAAAGAACUUGACUAAAGGCCCUGAAGGCGUGACCGCACGUCUGUCGACCCCGCCCCUUAUCAGAGUCCUAAAUCGGAACCGUUGUUAGGGAGAACUCCCACCUGACAAACAGGCCAGUGAAACGGAAUUGGUCUCCCAAAUACCCGGACAUUAGUGACAACUGCAGCAUCUCAAAUCUCUGGCAGAAAGAUGGAGCUCUUAAUAUGUGCCGCUAAGACUAGAUAGACAUUUGGAGGAAACCAAAUACACACACACACAUACAUAUGUAUAAAUAUAGCUUGAGCAAUGAUGGCUGCACAACUUUGUGAAAUACUUAAGCCCACUAAAUUGUACACAAUUAAAAAGGGUGAAUUUUAUGGUAUGUGAAUUAAAUCUCAAUAAAAAUACUUUUAAAACAGA